AUGAAGCUUUACCGGUGUCUCCGAGCCAAAUGUGCCCACAGGCACCGGGGCUACUCCAGGGAGAUCUCCCUGCACCACGGAGGGUUCUGCUCCGGGAGCUUCUCCGACCCCCUCGGACGCGCCUCCUUCUCCUGUGGUAGGGAAGGCUCAGUCACCUACACCCGGAGACCUUCCUACUGCCCACGGCCCUCCUACAGCCCACGACCCUCCUACUGCCCCCCCGUGCCAGCAUCCCCCCCCUACAGCGUUUCGGGGGGCUACACGUGUGGCGGGGAGGGCUCUGUGGUGAUCACCAGUGGGGACUGCGGGGACACCGAUGCCUUGGCGGGGGGGGGCACUGGGGGACCAGGGUACUACGGUGGAGGGUCCGGCUACGCCCUCGGGGGGGUCUCAGAGCUCAGCCCGGGGGGGGCUGGGUGCUCCCAGGUGGUGCAGCAGAAGUGCCCCGUGGUCAUUCCCAGCACCAAGAGCCAGCAGUGCAAACAGAAAAGCCACUGGCCCCCCAGGCAGAAGAAGUGA